UUUCCUUUGUCCUAUGCUUCCACCAUCAUGGCACGCCCACGAAGCAGCGACUACCAUCCCGUCCGGACCUCCUCUGACUCGAACGAUCAGUCAUCUGGUAUAACAGACAAACUCGCUGCUGUAUUUGAAGACCACAAGAAUCAGGCGCUUCUUGAUGACUUGGGAGGAGUUGAUGGGGUUUUGGAGAGCUUGAAAGUGGAUCCUGAUAAGGGAUUGGACAAGAAGGAUGAAAAGUCGCGGAAAGAAGAAUAUGGCGAGAAUGUACUUCCAGAAGCGAAAUCAAAACCAUUUUGUAAGCUCAUGUGGGAGGCAUUGUCCGAUAAGACUUUGAUUCUUUUGAGCAUAGCGGCACUCAUUUCACUGGGGAUUGGUAUAUGGGAGGAUUAUUUUUCUGGACUACAUGAUCCAGAGGAGCCUCGCGUUGGAUGGGUCGAUGGAGCGGGAAUCCUGGUCGCGGUCUUGGUCGUGGUCUUGACAAACUCUGUGAACGAUUACCAAAAAGAACGCCAAUUCCGGAAACUGAACGCAAAAAAGAGUGAUCGGAAAGUCAAAGUCCUUCGAUCCGGCAAGGAAGUGACGAUUCCAAGCACCUCAUUAGUUGUUGGGGACAUUUACCUUCUCGAUUCUGGUGAAAUCCUAGCCGCAGAUUGUCUCCUGGUCCGUGGAUCGGAGCUCAAAGUGGACGAAUCAAGUUCUACGGGGGAGAGUGAGAGUACUCAGAAGAAGAUCGGUGAGGAUGUCGUCUUGUUGAGUGGUAGUAGGAUCCAGGAGGGAAUGGGGAGAGGAGUCGUCUGUUGCGUCGGGCAAAAAUCGGUCAUGGGUAGUGCUAUGAUGUCAAUUCGCGACGAUGAUGCAAAUGCUGCUACACCGCUUCAAGAAAAGCUACAGGCUUUGGCAGAGCGCAUCGCCAAAUUCGGCAUCGCAGCAGCAAUCCUAAUGCUCAUCACUCUUUUGAUAAAGUAUUUCGUCACGCGGCAACAUACACCACCCAGCCAGCGAGACAAGGACAUCCCUCCCGCCGUUAACAUUGUCAGCGCUAUUGUGGCCAUCGUGAUCCAGAGUAUAACGAUUGUGGUCGUCGCUGUUCCGGAAGGUCUCCCUAUGGCCGUAACCAUUGCGUUGGCAUAUGCUACGACCAGAAUGAUGACGGAUGGAAAUUUAGUUAGAGUUCUUUCUGCUUGCGAGACGAUGGGAAGCGCAACAACAAUUUGCUCGGACAAGACUGGAACCCUUACUCAAAAUGAGAUGACCGUUGUCAGAGCGAAAAUUGGGGGAGUGGAACUUUUACCCCCACGCAAACAGCAACGUCCUUCCGAAGAUGACCAUGAUCAGCAUGUCGAAACGAAUGGAAGUCCAGAGUCUCCGACAAGCAGUGGCAGUGAAGGAGAUGCAAAUCAGCACCAUAGCUCCCAACACCGUAUUUCCCAUUUCAAAGAACGAUUAGGAGACGAACUAUUGUCCUUAGUCACUGAGAGUAUUUCAAUCAACUCCACUGCAUUCGAAGAGGAAGACGCUGAUGAUAACUCGGAGGGUACUAACAAUGAACGAGAUGGCGAUACGCAUUCAUCCAAUGACAAUGCCCAAGGAGACCAUCCAAAGGAUACCAACAAAUCCAAGAAUUUAACAUUUAUAGGUUCGCGCACGGACGUUGCCCUCCUUCAACUGGCACGCGAACUUGGUACCGAGUACACAGAGGUGCGAGAAAAAGCAAACAUCAUCCACAAAUAUCCAUUCAGUUCUCAAAAGAAAUGCGAAGCUACCCUUAUCAAUCACGAUGGUACCCAACGGCUGUACGUUAAAGGUGCCGCCGAAUGUCUUUUGGGAGAUUGUACGAUGUACCUGGAAGCGCAGGGUGAAGCUCCGAAACCCUUGGACGAGGAAGCCAGAGAGAAAUUCAGGAAAAUUAUGAGGAGGUACGCAGAGGAUGCUCUGAGGAUUAUUUUACUGGCGUACAAAGAUGUCAGCGGUAACCCGCCAAACGAAAAACCGAAACAUUCCGGCAACAAAAAAGAUGGAAAGGCGAACGAGAAGAAGAGCAAUAAACCAGAUGAAGAAUCCGGAGAGACGAACAAGAAAUUGAAUACAAAAACGGAUGAUAAACCGGUGGAAAAUGAAAAUCGGAGACAAGAACCUGGAAAGGAAAGUAAUAAAAAGCGAAAAAACAAGAAGCAAAAGUCCGUCAAGAGAAGCAGCGAUGUGAAGGAAACAGAGAAAGAGGACGCGAAUGGAGCAGUCACAACCAAAGAUGAAGCUAUCCAGACUGACGAAGAAAUGGAUGAUAGCGACAACGAAUCCAACAGCAAAAGGGAGAAGCCCAUAACUAAAAAAGACCAAAGAAACGGCGAAAACCCUUCAGACGCUCAACCAAACCAACCGAAGACCCAGGGCAAGAGCACCGAACCCACUGAAGGCGACCAAGAAGCCGAUAUGAGUGACCUCGUUCUCAUCGGAUUCGUUGGGAUCGAAGAUCCUCUACGCGAAGGCGUGCUAGAUGCCGUCAAAAAAUGCCGGAAAGCAGGCGUUAUUGUCCGGAUGGUGACGGGUGACAAUCUUGUAACGGCCCAAGCUAUUGCACGCAAAUGCGGUAUAUACACUCGUGGCGGGUUAUGCAUCGAAGGUCAUGACUUUCGGGAGCUGUCCGACGACAAAAUGCAGGCGCUCAUCCCAAAGCUUCAAGUCCUGGCUCGGUCAUCACCUACGGAUAAGAGACUGUUAGUAGAGUGGUUGAAGAAAAUGGGUCAAGUGGUAGCUGUGACUGGUGACGGGACGAACGAUGCACCUGCCCUGCAUUUGGCGGAUGUAGGAUUCAGUAUGGGAAGCGGGACAGAGGUUGCAAAAGAAGCCUCGGAUGUCGUCAUGUUGGAUGAUUCCUUCAUCUCAAUCAUCAAAGCUAUCAUGUGGGGCCGAGCCGUGAACGACGCUGUUCGCAAGUUCCUCCAAUUUCAAUUGACCGUAAACAUCACUGCGGUCCUCUUGACGUUCAUCUCCGCCCUUUUAUCUUCUGAAAACACCGCUGUGCUCACCACUGUCCAACUUCUUUGGGUCAAUCUCAUCAUGGAUACAUUUGCAGCCUUGGCAUUGGCGACUGAUCCCCCAACAGAAGAAUCGCUCAACCGACGUCCCGAUAAACGCACAGCCAGCUUGAUAACCUUUCCCAUGUAUAAGAUGAUCAUUGGGCAAGCUGUUGUGCAGAUUAUAGGAUCACUCGGGCUGCUUCUCCUAGGUCCAAAACUCUUGGGAUUGGACGUGGACGGAAACGAUCACGACAAGGCGAUUUUGCAAACGGUUUGCUUCAAUGCAUUUGUGUUCAUGCAAUUGUUUAAUGAAAUCAAUUGUCGGGUGAUCGAUGGGCUGAGUAACGCACGGCGUCAAGGAAGGAGGCUUUCUUGGGUGUGGAAAUUGUGGGACUCUUUUGCGGUGCCUUUUCGUGGGAUUCUCAGAAAUAAGUUCUUUGUGGGCGUCAAUGUUGGCACCGUGUUGGGACAGGUCUUGAUUGUCCAGUUUGGAGGGAAAGUGUUUAGUACGGUUCCAUUACCAAUCACACUAUGGCUCUUCAGCGUCGCUUUCGGAUCCAUCUCUCUCAUCGCUGGGCUGCUAAUUCGUAUCAUACCUGACUGUUGCGGUGUCCCAAGAUGGGAGCGAGAACGUACGGUUGUUAAUCCGUGUUCCCAACAACGUAUGGAAUGGGACUGGGCAAUAAAGGAUGUGCGCAUGUCCUUGCGGGUGUUCAAAGCGUUGCGGAGGGUUCGCAAAGACGAUUUUGGGGGUUUGAAAGUGAACAAGCAGGCCGCUGGGCAAGAAGUCUGAGACUUAGGAUAGGAGAGCAUAACUGAACAAUCGUUUCCAUUUUUUGGUGUUAUGCUACUUGAAUUUACUGUAUAGUUUUUCUUAUUUGUGUUCAUGUAUUCUAUAUCUAAAUCCAGAAUAGACAACACGCCUGAGGAGGACAAUCCUACUGGACAUGCAGUCACACACUA